UUAAGUCCCGCCCAUUCAGUUUGGGAAAGCCCCCAUCAACCCGGGACAGCGUGGAGGAGAGAGUAAUGUGUGUGAACGGAAAAUCUGAGGUUUAAAGUCUCAGAUUUGAGGCCUUUUGGGUCUGUGUGUGAGUGUUUACAGCGCGACGAGGCGGUGAGGGAGCUGGAGAGCGGAGCUGAGCGGGAGGCGAGUGCCUUCCGCCUCCCUGUCAUCACUGCACAGGUUUUUAAUCCUGCUGGCUGAUUGUGGAGGAGAGCCACCAUGAGUGAUCUCGAGAUUAUGGCGAUGCCCAUGAGCCAGGGCACUUUUGAGCAACUCUGGGGAGACAUUGGUUCUGACUCGGGAUUCAAUCACCUUAUUGCAGAACUGCCACGAGCAGACAGUGAUGCCUGGCUCAGCGUUGCUUUGCCUGAUGGCAACUUCAAUGAGAACUUUGAUGAGUUGGAAAUAUCUGAGGCCACUGGGGAUAUUGCUGUACCUCCUGGGAUUUUACCUUCUCUGGACAGUCUGCCGCCUCCAGCCGCAGUAGUGCCGGCCACCAGCGACUACCCUGGAGAAUAUGGCUUUCAUCUACGCUUCAAUCAGUCCAGCACAGCAAAGUCUGCUAUCUCAACAUAUUCCACACCGCUGAAUAAACUGUACUGCCAGCUGGCAAAGACCUGCCCAGUUGAUGUGUUGGUGGAGAGAGAGCCUCCCCAGGGAGCCGUCCUCAGAGCAACAGCGAUCUACAAGAAACCUGACCAUGUCUCUGAGGUGGUGCUGCGCUGCCCUCAUCACCAGAGCAUUGCAGAGAAUAACGACGGUUUUGCCCAUCGCAGUCAUCUGAUCCGUGUGGAGGGCAAUCAGAGGGCUCAGUAUCUAGAGGACCUAAAUACUAAGAGGCAGAGUGUUACAGUGCCCUAUGAAAUUCCUCAGCUUGGUUCAGAGGGCAUGACCAUACUAUUGAAUUACAUGUGCAACAGUAGCUGUUUGGGUGGCAUGAAUCGUCGCCCAAUUUUAACCAUCAUGACUUUGGAGACAAGCGAUGGACACGUUUUAGGUCGUCGGUGCUUUGAAGUCCGUGUUUGUGCUUGCCCUGGUCGAGAUCGCAAAACCGAAGAAGAGAAUCUUGGAAAGAAAACUGUGAAAACAGCUGCAGGAGCCAAAAGAAAGUGUCCUGGUCUGGACAGCACCGUUACUCCUGAAUCGUCCCAUAAGAAGAUAAAAAUGGAUUCCGGUAGUGACGAUGAGGUCUUCGUUCUUCAUGUCAGAGGCAAGGAACGAUUCAACAUGCUGAAGAAAAUUAACGACAGUUUGGAACUGAUGGAUGCAAUGCCAGUUGCAGAUAAAGACAAGUACAAAGUAAAACGUGCUUCUAAGAACUUCACCAAACAGGAGCCGGACCUCCUACAGCAGAGCAGUGGGAAGAAGCUGCUUGUGAAGGAUGAUAAGACAGACACUGACUAAACAAAGACUAAUUAUUUUGGUUAGCAUUUUGCAUCAAUAUAAGCUUUUUGUAUUGUUUUUGUAUUGAGCCUUUUUUAUUGUUUAUUGUUCAGCUAUUUCACUGCCCUGUUGAAAUAUGGAGUUUGUCCAGUUUUCCCAUUUUGAUGUACCACUGUUUUGCACCUCAUCCUGAUUCAGACCACUUGCUCUUUUAUAACAGGUUUUCUACUGCGUAAGAUAUUAUUGAAAUUUGAAUCACAGAUACUGUGGCAUUGAUUAUCAUGUAUUUGCAAUUGCAUUUGAUCCCCGGUCAGUGAUUGUUGAUGAUGGUGAGGGUAAUUUUCCAUGUUUGUCAUUCCAGUUAUUUUUUUAUUAAAAAAAGUGUUUUGCUA